AUGGUACAAGACGUGGUUGAAGAGCCACGGCUCAGGCAGGCGAAUGGACACGCCAACGGCAGACCUCUCAAUGGCAAGCCGCGAGGACCAGAGAUUCAGGAGAGCGAUGAGACGGAUGAGAACAUCUUCCUCUUCGUGCCAAACCUGAUUGGCUACUCUCGUAUCGUCCUGGCCCUCGCCUCGUUGUACUUCAUGCCUCUGCACCCACGACGAUGCAGCUUUCUCUACUCCAUUUCCUGCCUGCUCGACGCAGCAGAUGGCAUCGCGGCGAGGAAGUAUGAGCAGAGCACAAGAUUCGGAGCCGUAUUGGACAUGGUCACAGAUCGAUGCACGACCACUUGCUUGCUGGUCUUCCUUGCGACAGCGAAGCCCGCCUACAGCAUGAUCUUCCAGGGUCUGAUCUCCCUGGAUCUGGCCAGUCACUACAUGCACAUGUACGCAACUUUGGUCAUGGGUGGACAGACUCAAAGCCACAAGAACGUGGAUGCGAAGAGAAGCUACAUCAUGAACCUAUACUACACCAACAAGGCGGUCCUCUUCAUCGCCUGUGCCCUGAAUGAACUCUUCUUUAUCGCCCUCUACCUCCUCUGCUUCAGCUCCCCGAUCAUCACCCCAGCGCUCAUUCAACCACAAUCACCAGCAAACCCAAUCUCCCCCGAGCCAUCCCUCCUCUUCCCAAGCCCAUUCAGCGCAGGAGCUAUGGAACUGGCACGAGCGAACAAGAUGGACAGCACAGUGCCAUGGGUUCUCACAAUCGCCAGCGCUCCGGUCAUGCUCUUCAAACAAUGGGUGAAUAUCAUCCAGCUCGUGAAAGCCAGUAAGUGGCUCGCCGAGGGUGACAGGAAGGAUAGGAAGAAGCUGGGUCUGCCCAGGAAGAGAGGUGGAGCGAAGGGCAAGAAGGCCUUGUAA